UGUAUCUUAUCAUCAGGUCAUCUUGUAAUGGAUUUCUAGGAAUAUGCAGAUGCAUUGUCUUGCACUUUAUUGUGUAAAUGUAGAAUCAAUGUUAUAUCAAACUUUUAUAAAAGUCACUUUAAUGUGCUUUAAAGCUACUUUUUUACUUGUCUAUUCACUGAAAGACAGUUUUAUUCUCUCCGUUGAUGUGGCAAAUCCUCUACAGCAUCUUGUUUCUUAUGGGUUAAUAGCAGAUGGAUACUAAGGGUCUAGUGACGUUACCACACUUACAGUAAAAUCACAUCCUGCAUCUUCUCACAACAGUUGCGCUUAGUGAAGGAGUCGGAGCUUGCACUUCUGUCUAUAAUCAGUUGUGAUGGAGUUCAAAACUUAAACUUAACUUGCUUACAUGCACGUGCGCUCAAACCUUUAAUGGUCAAUCAUGGGGUGGAAAACUAUCUUGUUUUUAAUAAUAGUUGUGCAUACAUGCACUGGAGAGAGCGGUACAGGUACGGAUCCUCCGUGUAAGGACGGGCUAACUAAAGAAAUUGUUUUUUGCAGUUUUAGUGCUCUUAUGGAAAAGUCGAGGACGGUUCCAACAGACAAGAUGUCACCCAACUGUUCCUCAGAGGUCAAAGGUAAAGAAAAUCGUAAAAAUGUCUCAUUUUCUCAUGAAAUGGAAAAGAUCAACAUUACCCAUCCGUAUAACAGCACUGAUCUGGGUGCAGUGAAUUUAAUAAAAACUACACAGACUGUGAAAACAUUUUCAAUCUCAGACGAUGCUGUGCUCUUCCUCAAAAGCCUGCUGGUCACACGUGUCAUGCCCUCUUUCUACAUCCUCCUCUUCCUUAUUAGUUUGCCAUUAAACGCAUUGGCCCUGGUGACGUUCACCUGUAAGAUUAAAGCAAAGAAACCGGCUGUGAUCUACAUGUCAAACCUGGCGUGUGUGGAUCUGCUCUUCACCCUGCUGCUUCCUCUGAAGAUCCACUAUCAUCUGAAUGGAUCUGAUUGGGUGUUUGGUGAGGUGGCGUGUCGUGUGCUAAGCGCUGCUUUCUACUGCUACAUGUACUGCUCCAUACUGCUGAUGAUGUGUAUAAGUGUGGACAGACUGCUGGCUGUGGUUUUCCCCAUCGCCUCUCUGACCUGGCGGAGAACGAGGCAUUCUGCUUAUGUUUGUGCGCUGGCUUGGUUGCUGGCACUCACUGGCACCGUCCCACUUCUCUCUAUAACACAAACUUUCGACAUCAAGCUUGUGGGUAUGACCUCCCAUGAUGCAUUGCGUCACGCCGACCCAGCAGAUCAGACGUACAUGAACCUGUUCUCCAUUCUGUCCUGUCUUUACUUCUUUCUGCCGCUGGUCAUCACUUUGGCGUGUUACUCUACUAUUAUAUAUGCACUCAGUGUCAAAUCUGGUCGUUUAGCAACAUCAUCAUCAACCUCAAAUAAACGAGGAAGAGCCGUGAUUAUGACUAUUGCCACAAUGAUAGAGUUUGUGGUUUGCUUUGCAGCAACCAAUGCAAUCCUGUUGUAUCACUGUGUUGUUUUGGUCACAGGAGGCAUCAGCGGGGAGGGAAACGCAUCAUAUGCGGCUUACAUGUUAGCUGUGUGUGCAGGGAGCUCAAGUGUUUUUCUGGAUCCUCUGCUGUAUUAUUAUGGGUCAUCUCAGUGCAGAAAGAAAAUCAGCUCUGUUUUUUGGUGGAAGAAAGCACAAAGAUCUACAAAGUUAUCAAACACUCCUGAGCUGUGCAUACAAAGAGAAUCGUGUUGAUGUGUAAAGUGCUGAUUAAUCACAUGCAUUGUAAUGAAUGUAGUAAUGAAGUGUAGACUGAUGGAGGUCUAAACAUUUUGAGAUUGUUUUGUAUCCCUUUUCAGCCUUAUGGAGUGCAACAUCUCUUGAUCAGAUAUCUUUAUAAGAGCAUGGUUCAGAAGAGCUGAUGCUUCUUAAGGACUGCAAUCUUAAAAUGUGUGAGUGUCUUAAUAUCAAUCAAAGUUGCACUAAACCACACAUUUAAACUCAUUUUAUUAAUUGGACUCCAGUUUGCCAGCUUCUGACAAAAAAAGCUUUCAAUAAAGUAAUUAGUCCAUGGGCUCACUUACAUUUUCCUCCAGCACUGUGAAUGUGUAAUGGGUGUUUCCAAAAAAUACACAAGAAACUGGAAUUAUUUAUGUCUUGUGAGCUUAUGCACAUCGUGUUUGUUUAUUGUUGUGACCUAGAUGAGGAUCAGAUAACAUUUUAUGGCAAAUCACUGUAGAAAAUCAAUUCAUUCCUAGGGGUUCACAUACUUUUUCUUGCCACUGUAUAUAUGUAUAUCUUCAUUCUGUCUUCAAAUGGAAAAGAAAAGUCCAAAAUAAAACCCUUGCAUCACUUUUAGGUCAGUUCACAUUCACAAGCCUGUGAAAACACAGACCAACCAACAGACAACCAACUCAUCUGCGUGAUUUAAAUAGUAUAACAAUGUACCCAUAUCAUUUCAAAUUCAUAAAUUAAAUUGUACUGCGUUGCAUUUAAUGCAUGGUAAAGAUAUCUCUGCUAAAGACAUUAGUUGUUUUGUAUAUGCUAAUAACUACACUUAAUUAUUAUUUGAUAAUUAGAUGCAGAAAUAUAGGCUAUAAUAUAUAAUUGCAUAUUUUUUUAAUUUUGUUGCUGUCAAAAUACAAUUAUAAAUGAUAACAAAAGUAUUUUAAUAAAUACUUCUAUUCUCACAC